GGGGAGCAGCGGCGUCCGAGGCGGGCAGAACGGGCUCGCUGCGCUGCGGCGGCCCCUGCGCUGUGUGGCGAGAGCGGCUGGAAGGGAGGCAGGGCGGCGGCAGGAGGCAGGAGCGCGGCGAGCGCUGGCGAGAGAGAAUGGCGGUGAGGCGGCGGCAGAGGCGCGCUGCGGGCUGUGGGCGAGCGCUGGUGGCAGCGCUGCUGCUGUGCGUGUGGUGCCGGGCGGCGGCGGAGCGGGUCCGCUACUCCAUCGCCGAGGAGCUGGGCAGAGGCUCGCUCGUGGGGCCGCUGGCGCGGGACCUGGGGCUCAGCGCGGACGAGCUGCCGGCGCGCAAGCUGCAGGUGGCGUCUGCCGGCAAAAAGCAGCUGAAAUACUUCACGGUGAGCGAGGAAAACGGGAACCUGUACGUGAAUGAGAGGCUGGACCGGGAGGAGAUGUGCGGCAAGUCGGCGUCCUGCUCUGUCAGCUUCGAGGCGCUGGUGCACAACCCACUGAACAUUUUCCACGUCCAGGUGGCCAUUGAGGAUGUGAAUGACAACGACCCAGCCUUCAGCAAGGGUGUUUUGGACCUCGAGAUCGGUGAAUGGAUCCCUCCUGGUACUCAUUUUCCUUUAGAGAUGGCCCGAGACGCAGACGCAGGAAGCAACUCGCUGCUGACUUACCAGCUCACCAGUAACCCGUCCUUCACUUUGGCCAUGAAGGAGAGCACGGACGGAAGCAAGCAGCCGGAGUUAGUGCUAGAGAGGGCGUUAGACCGAGAGAAGCAGAGCUCCUUUGAGCUGGUGCUGACGGCAAGCGAUGGCGGGGACCCAGCGAGGUCUGGGACUGUCCAUGUUCGGGUAAACGUGACGGACGCCAACGACAACCCACCCGUGUUCAGCAAAAGCGUCUACGAGGCGCGAAUUGCAGAGAAUCUGCCGGCAGGUUCGCUGGUGCUGAGGGUGCAGGCAACGGAUGCGGAUGCCGGCUCCAACGGACGGGUCUCCUACUCUUUUGGCAAUGUUCCGGAGGAGGUCCACGCUUUGUUCAUUGUCGACAGUGACAGUGGCGAGGUCAGGACAGUGGGUCCUCUCGAUUUCGAGGAGAAGAAUAAAUACAUCGUCAGUCUGGAGGCGAGGGACGGGGGCGGAUUCACAGCUCACUGCAAGGCUCAAAUAGACAUCACGGACGAGAAUGACAACGCGCCCGAGAUCACCAUUCUGUCCCUCUCGAGCCCCGUGCCCGAGGACGCACCGACCGGCACCGUGGUGGCCCUGCUGAAAGUGAGGGACAGAGACUCAGGAGAGAACGGUCAGGUGUCGUGCGAGCUGUCAGGCGAGGCGCCGCUGUCCAUCGUGGUAUCGUCGGGUGGCUCGUACAAGGUGGUGACGGCGAGCGCGCUGGACCGCGAGGAGGCGUCCGAGCACCGCGUGACGGUGGUGGCCCGGGACCGGGGCAGGCCGGCGCUGUGGAGCAGCAGGGAGCUGGUGCUGGAGGUGUCGGACGUGAACGACAACGCGCCGGUGUUCGAGGAGGCGGCGUACAGCGCGUACGUGGCGGAGAACAACGCGGCGGGCGCGCUGGUGGUGCGCGUGCAGGCGCGGGACGCGGACGCGGGCGCCAACGGGCGCGUGAGCUACUGGCUGGCGGGCGGCAGCGCGGGCGCGGCGGCGCUGGUGUCGGUGGAGGCGCGGAGCGGCGCGCUGUACGCGCAGCGCUCCUUGGACUACGAGCAGUGCCGCGAGUUGGCGGUGGCGGUGCGGGCGCAGGACGGCGGCUCGCCGGCGCGCAGCUCCACGGCCACGGUGCGCGUGUUCGUGCUGGACCGCAACGACAACGCGCCGCGGGUGCUGUGGCCGGCGGCGGGGGCGGGUGGCGCGGCGGCGGGAGGCGUGGCCCCGGCGGCGGCGCCGUUCGAGGUGGUGCCGCGCUCGGCCGAGGCCGGCUACCUGGUGGCCAAGGUGGUGGCGGUGGACGCGGACGCGGGGCGCAACGCGUGGCUGUCGUACGAGCUGGUGCAGGCGUCGGAGCCGGCGCUGUUCCGCGUGGGGCUGCACAGCGGCGAGGUGCGCACGGCGCGCGCCGUGUCCGAGAGGGACGCGGCCAAGCAGCGUGUGGUGGCCGUGGUGAAGGACCACGGGCAGCCGGCGCUGUCGGCCACGGCCACGCUGCACGUGGUGCUGGCCGAGAGCUUGCAGGAGGCGCUGCCGGAGCUGAGCGAGCGGGCGGCGGGCGCCGAGGCGGCGGCGGGCGAGCUGCAGUUCUACCUGGUGCUGGCGCUGGCGCUGCUGUCGGCGCUUUUGGUGCUGAGCGUGGCGCUGGCCGUGCUGGCGCGGCUGCGGCGGGCCGGGCCGCCCGCCGUGCUGCGCUGCCUGGGCGCGCAGCGCUUCUCGGUGGCCGGCGCCGCCUUCCCGGCCGACUUCUGCGAGGGCACCUUGCCCUACUCCUACAACCUGUGCGUGGCGGCGCCGGCGCGCGCCGUGCCCGAGGCCGCUUGGCCGCCGCCGCCGGUGCCCAUCCUGUCUGCGGAGGAGCUUCUGGGCGGGGAUUCCUGCGAGAAGCCGAGACCGAGCGGCAACCUGGUCGUGGGAGAGCCGCCCACCGACUCGGACACACCACAGGCAGUCAAGUAUGACACCCAAGGAGCGAGAGGAAGCUCGGAAAGCUACCGGCAGCCCCGCCCGCUGCGGACCGGCUCGCUCAGUAGAUCGCUGGAUUCCUAGCACGCAAACGGUCUGUGUCCGAUCGUUCCGGCGGGGCUUAUCCGCUCUGCAGCGAGGGCGAAGGAGUGCCAGAGACAGCGGCGAACAGUAGUAAGUCGGAGCCGGAGGGGGAGGCAGAUCGGCGGUCGGCUGUGGGGCUGUCUGCAGAGCUGCGGUGCCGGCGGUGCCGCGGCGGAGAUGUGCGCGGCGGGGAGGCGCUGGGGCCGGCGGCAGCGAGCUCUGCUCUGGGCCGUCCUGCUGGCAGCGUGGGAGGCGGCGUGGGGGCAGCUGCGCUACUCGGUGCCCGAGGAGAUGCCCAAGGGCUCGUUCGUGGGCGACGUGGCCAAGGACCUGGGGCUGCAGCUACCGGCGCUCGGAGACCGCGGCGUCCGCAUUGUCUCUGAAGGUAGGACGCAGUAUUUCGCUUUGCACGGGAAGACGGGACAUUUAGUGACGGCGGAGAGGAUCGACAGAGAGCAGCUGUGCCGGCUGGUGGAGAAAUGCGUGCUGCGCUGUGAGCUGAUAGUGGAGGGUGAGAUGAAGUUUUAUGAAAUAGAAGUGGAAAUCACCGACAUUAACGACAAUGCCCCGAGCUUUAAAGAAAUUGAACUGGAGGAGAGGAUAAGCGAGGCAACAGCCCCGGGGUCGCGGUUUCCGCUGGCCGAGGCUCACGACCCGGACUGGGGCCGGAAUUCCCUGCAGAGCUACGAGCUGAGUGGCGACGAGCACUUCUCGCUGGCCGUGCAGGCGGGCCCCGGCGGCGAUCAGCGCCCCGAGCUGGUGCUGGCGAAGGCGCUGGACCGGGAGGAGGCGGCGUUUCACGAGCUGGUGCUGAGGGCGAUUGACGGCGGUGAUCCGGCACGGACGGGCACGGCUCGGAUCCGAGUGACAGUGGUGGAUGCGAAUGACAACGCGCCCGUGUUCAGCCAGGCGGAGUACACGGUGCGUGUGCCCGAGGAUGUGCCCGUGGGCUCCACCCUCGUCACUGUCACGGCCACUGACGCCGACGAGGGUCUGUACGGUUAUGUGAAAUAUUCUAUGAAUAAAGCGACAGACAUGGCAUCUGAUAUUUUCCAUCUGGACUCUGAGACUGGAGAGAUCACGCUACUGCGAAGCCUUGAUUACGAGGAAGGUGAUUUUUAUGAACUAGAGGUGCGGGCACGCGAUGGCGUGACACUUUUCGACACGACGAAAGUCGCAAUCACCGUGACAGAUGUGAAUGACAAUGUGCCCGAGAUUUCAGUGAGGUCGGCGCUGAGUGAGAUCUCUGAGGAUGCUCCGUCGGGGACAGUAAUCGCCCUGCUGCACGUGCAGGACCGCGACUCCGGGGCGAAUGGCGAGGUGCACUGCUCACUGGACGGGCACGUCCCAUUCCGGCUGCAGAGCUCCCACGGCAGCUACUACAGCGUGGUGACAGCGAGAGAGCUGGACCGGGAGCAGGUGUCGGAGUACAACGUGACGGUGCGGGCGGCCGACGGCGGGUCGCCGGCGCUGCAGAGCAGCGCGGUGCUGGCGCUGCGGGUGCUGGACGUGAACGACAACGCGCCGGUGUUCGCGCAGGAGCGCUACAGCGCGCGGCUGGCGGAGAACAACGCGGCGGGCGCGCUGGUGCUGACGGUGCGCGCGACGGACGCGGACUGGGGGCAGAACGCGCGCGUGCGGUACCGGCUGUGGGAGGGGCGGGUGCGGGGCGCGCCGCUGUCGUCGUACGUGUCGGUGCAGGCGGAGACGGGCGCGCUGUACGCGCUGCGCUCCUUCGACUACGAGGAGGUGCGCGAGCUGGAGCUGUGGGUGCGUGCGGAGGACGGCGGCGCGCCGGCGCUGAGCAGCAACGUGUCGGUGCGGCUGCUGAUCGUGGACGAGAACGACAACGCGCCGCAGGUGCUCUACCCGCCCGCGGCUCCGCCUGUGGCAUCGGGCAAGGGGGGCUGGUCGGGCGUGGAGCUGGCGCCGCGCUCGUCGGAGCCCGGCGCGCUGGUGGCCAAGGUGGUGGCGGUGGACGCGGACGCGGGGCAGAACGCGUGGCUGUCCUACGAGCUGGCCAAGGCGACGGAGCCGGGGCUGUUCCGCGUGGGGCUGCACAGCGGCGAGGUGCGCACGGCGCGCUUCCCGCUGGCCCGCGACGCGGCGCGCCAGAGCCUGGUGGUGGUGGUGAAGGACCACGGGCGGCCGGCGCUGUCGGCCACGGCCACGCUGAGCGUGGUGCUGGCCGAGAGCGUGGCCGAGCUGCUGGCCGAGCUGGGCAGCGCGGCCGAGGCGGCGGCGCCGGGCGAGCCGGCCGGCAGCCUGACGCGCUGGCUCGUGCUGGCCGUGGCCGCCGUGUCCUGCCUGUUCGUCGCCUUCCUGCUGCUGCUGCUGGCGCUGCGCCUGCGCCGCUGGCGCCGCGAGCAGCUGCUGGCGGCCGACAGCGGCGUCUUGCGCGGCGUGCCGGUCUCGCACUUCGUGGGCAUCGACGGCGUGCGCGCCUUCCUGCAGUCCUACUCGCACGAGGUGUCGCUCACGGCCGACUCGCGCAAGAGCCAGCUGCGCUUCUCGGGCGGCAGCUGCUGCGACACCCUGCCGGCCCGGCCGCCGCCCGACGAGCCCGCGCCGCUGCUCGGGGAGGAGGAUAUUGCCGGCUCCCGCCCCACGGACCCUUCUGCUUUCCCGGUGAGUUCCUCGGUCCAGGCUACCUCUGCGAAGCUUCCCUGUUCUACUGUUCUUCCCUUUCCUCGCCGUGUUCCUUGUCCUUUUUAGGGGAGUUUGCUGACAGCGACAGCAGAACUUCUUUCAUUGAAGCACUGUGUUCUGGUGCCUCUUGCUGCGGAUAGGUGGAGGAGGGGUCCGUGCUCAGCCUUCCAUGUUUUUGGGAGGCAGGUGUAGUGAGGCCGAUGCUGGCUUGAAGUUGGAGUGAGGCUUUGUGGUUUCAUGAGGCGCCAAGUCGCUUCUGACAGUUGUGAUACCCGUGUUCUUUUUAGUAUUAGCUCUCCUUCAUGGAUGGGUUGCAUAAGUAGUAGCUUAUAGUUGUCCUUCUUUGCUGGUUCAGAUGUCUUCCCAACCAUAGAUGUGCUUGAUUAGGGUGAGAUUCUCUAUAUUGUAAUCUUGAUAGUUCUGUGUGUAACUUCACUGCUCAACGUUUGUAGUCUUCUCAGCCUUUCUGUGUAAAUGGAGGUCAGUAGGAGAUUCCUUUGCAUUCAUCUAACCCUGCAGGUAAAUGGGUCGGAUACAACUGCUCCCUUGAUAAUGUCUGUGUGCUUGUUAUUAAGAUGAAGGAUCCUCUUGAAAGCCACCCACCAGUGGGGGGCUUUAUGUGAAGAAGGAAAUAUGGGAAGAAAUGCUUUGUUGAUUUCCCGUCUUUUAAGGUUUAGCUAUGUCAAACUGAGCUGGAUGUGCCUUGGCUCUGAAAUAGAUGUCAUGGCAAGAGCCUUGGCGUGGAUGAGAGG